AUGCCGGUUACAUGGCUCGGGCUGACUUACAACGUGGAGCAUAUAAAUGGUCAGUGCGUAAUCGGUCCGCCGGCCCAGCUCGAUCCGCCGGAUUUCAAUGAAGAACUGUUUUUUAGCGGCAUCCCGAAACAAUAUGGGCCGGACGAGCUGGUGCCCUUGCUGUCGAGUGUAGGGCGCAUUUACCAAAUACGGAUGUACCUGAAUUUCGAUGGUACCAGUAGAGGCUUCUGCUUCGUGCACUAUUGCUCGCCGGACGCGUUCGCGAAAGCAAGGACUCUCACUAGAAAUGGCCUCUUGGACCGUAACCACUGUUUAAAAAUCCGCCCAAGUAAGGACAUUAGUUGGGUUAAAAUGCGGCGAGUGGAUAACACCUUGAGUAGAGAGAGGAUCGAAUCAAGGAUACACGAUGUCACGAAAUUGAAGGGCUUUUCGGUGACGCUGCAAAGGAACGUCCGCCAGCAGGACGCGAAGAUCAAAUUUGCUUCCCACGAGGACGCCAUCAAGGCGCUGCGUAUUCUUGGCAGUUAUAAAUUUAUUUUCGGUGCAGAUUGUGUGAUAAAACUUUGCAAUACUCACGACGUUUCUUGA